GGCGCUUGCGUGCAAUCAUCAUAAAAUAAUAAUGAACCGACUGAUCAUGUGUCUGGUUGGGUCCAUCACACACCGACGACCGUCUCCCCUGGCUGGAUCAAUUCAUUCCAUCCCCACCCCAUGGAAAGGAAGACAUGGCGUCUCGUCGAGGGAGGCUGCCAUGGAGCACGGUAGCUGCAGCUGCACGAAGGCCUCCAUUUCUCCAGCUACAGUUUAGGAGUAUGUUCUAGAUUUAUACCAGCAGCGACUCUGGGGAAAGGUCACACUGUGAAGCCAUGGAGCCAACGAGUCUACCGAUAAGAUUAUUAGAGAAAAUCACGGAUAAUUUCUCUGAGGAGCGACUACUUGGCCAAGGUGCAUAUGGAAAAGUUUACAGGGGUGUGUACAACAACGGACAAGAGAUUGCUGUGAAGCUGCUCCAUAACAACAUGCAAACAAUUGACGAUGAACAAUUCAUACACGAGUUUGAUAACCUUAUGAUGCUAAACCACCCAAACAUUGUACGGUUAGUUGGUUACUGCUAUGAAACACAACGUCAGCAUAUGGACUUCGAAGGGAGAACUGUUUUUGCUGAGACAACAUAUAAAGCACUUUGCUUUGAGUAUAUGCCCAAGGGAAGCCUUCAAAACCAUCUAUCUGAUGAAUGCAAUGGACUUGAUUGGCAAACACGUUACAAAAUUAUCAAAGGGGCUUGUGAAGGUUUAAAAUACCUUCAUGAAGGAUUCAAAGAACCAUUUUACCAUUUGGACAUAAAACCAGACAACAUGCUUCUAGAUGAAAACAUGACCCUAAAACUUGCAGAUUUUGGUUUGUCCAAGUUCUACGACGGACGACAAACCUGCAGGGUGACACAAAGUCCUAUUGCAGGAACUAUUGGAUACAUGCCACCGGAAUACUUAUUUGGCAACGUGGUCUCGAAGAAGUUCGACAUAUUCAGCUUGGGUGUUGUAAUGACCAAGAUAAUUGUGGGGCCUAAUGGCCACACCAGACAUGCUGAAAUGCACCACCAAGAGUUUCUUGAUCAAGUACAAGGAAAUUGGAGAAAAAGGUUGCAAGCAACAUGGAGUCCUCCCGAACUGGUAGAAGCACAAUGCCAACAAGUGAAGAGAUGCAUUGAGAUUGCCCUGAGCUGCAUGGAGAUGGAUAGACACAAAAGGCCAAGUGUGGUGGAUAUCAUACAUGAACUUAACAAGACUGAAACUUUUAUUGAGAAGAUUACUUAUUAUGAACUAGAUCCUUCACCGCCACUUGGUUCCACUUCAAAUGUUGUUCAACCUGCAACGUCAUCUCCACCAUCUUCCCCAACACUGAGUUUACAAUUGGCUUCAUCACGGGAUGUUGAAGUGGAGGCUGCGAAGCUACUUCAUAAACUUAUUCUGGAGUCAAAGGAUGAGCCCACUAAAAUGGCAAGAAAACUUUAUGUGAUAUGUCAACAUAUGAAGCUAAGUGGAAAAGAGCAGUCUCUGCCCUAUCAGGUUAUAUCUAGGGCCAUGGAGAUUCUUGUAAGUCAACAUGGAAUUGAUAUGGACGCAUUGGGAUCAUCACGAGUUCCGUUUUCUGGCCGUCCACAAGCAGUAGAUUCUAGUGGCGUUAUGUUCAAGGAUAAGGUGAUAAUUGGUGGCGUUAUGUUCAAGGACAAGGUGAUAAUUGGUGGUCAGUCUCCUGUGGUUGGACGCAAUGCAUCCCAGCGCAGCGGUCAAGCUGCAUUAUCGCAGUUUCCAUCUGCCUGUGCCAUUGGAUUUUCAACAUCACCUCAGUGUCCACAUCCAAUGGUUAUUUCUAAGAUGUCACCACCACUCUUCCGAACGGUCGUCCACCGCAAGUCACAUGACGGGCUCCUCAAGAUCACCGAUCGUGUCUAUGUACUCGAUUCAUGCUUCACCACUGACGUCUUCGCGGGUGAUAAGUACCAGCGGCAGCAUUACAUCAAGGACAUCGUCUCACGCCUCAAGAGCAACUUUGCUAACGCGCACUUCCUGGUCUCGAACUUCCGGGAGGGACGGAGAUGGAGCCAGAGCCAGAGCCUGCUGGCCAAAAUCUUGAACAGCUAUGACAUGACUGUGAUGGAGUACCCGAGGCAAUAUGAGGGGUGUCCAAUCCUCACGAUGGAGAUGAUCUACCAUUUCCUCAAGUCAGCAGACAGUUGGCUCUCUGUGGGCCAGGACAAUGUCAUGAUAAUGCAUUGCGAGCGAGGCGGCUGGUCUGUACUUGCGUUCAUGUUAGCAGGACUGUUGCUGUGUCAAAAGAAGUUCACUGAUGAGCAGAAGAUGCUAGAGAUGGUCUACAAGCAAGCACCUCGUGAGCUUAUCCAGUUGCUCUCACCGAUAAAUCCCAUGCCUUCUCAGAUAAGAUACCUGCAAUAUAUAUCUCAUAGCAAUAUCAACUUACGUUCAAGCUGGCUACCAGGCGAUCGACCACUUACCUUAGACAAUGUAUUACUAAUAAGCAUUCCGGACUUCAACGGGGAGUCUGGAUGCAGCCCAAUCUUCCGAAUUUAUGGGCAUGAUCCUCUGUCUGGUACAGAAAACAAUCCCAAGGUGGUUUUUUCUACAGCAAAGAAAUAUGUUAGGCUUUACAAGCAGGGAGAGGAUGACGGGAUCAAGAUUGACGUGCACUGCCAUAUUCAAGGCGAUGUUGUCCUUGAAUGCACCAGCAUGGAUGCUGAGAAAGAACGAGAAGAGAUAAUGUUCCGACUCAUGUUCAAUACAUCAUUUAUCAGAUCUGACAUUCUAGUGCUAGACCGUGAUGAAAUAGAUAUGAUGUGGGAUGCUAAAGAUCGAUUCCCGGAGAAUUUCAAAGUCGAGGUAAUGUUUUCAGAAAUGGCCAUGGAGGUGACCAAGGAGAACCUACCAGUUGAAGCAUUUGAAGAGGUUCAAGAGAUAUUCAGCAAUACGGAAUGGUUAGACUCAAAAGAGAAUGCUGCAUUGGAGUCCAGAUCAAAAAAGGCGAGACUAGACACGCACAUCUAAAAUGGGAGAGUGGACAAGCAAUUAUAGCGGUAUAUACUACAGCUGAAAGAUUUCGGCAAGACAAUACUGAAGAUUGUCUUGGCAGCAUGCAUCACUGAAAUGCUAGCAAAUGUAGUACCACUGAAUGCUGAAGUAUGCCAUACCCCAAGGAUGACAAAAGGCUUAGAAGCAUGUUGACGACUAAACAAAGGAAGUUAUGCGCAUAUAAGCUAGGAGUUAAUGCUUUAGCAUACUGAUUGUCAAUUCAAUUCAUGUACAUCCCUAAGAACUUACCAGUACCAUGACACCAGCCGGUUCCACCGUAUCAUUCCUGUGUGUAAUAAUAAUUAAUGGGUAACAAUUUUCUGUCUAAAUGGAUCUAGAAAUGAGAAUCACGAGUAUGCCACA